AUGUGUGCAACUUCAGCUGAUAAUCUCUCCAAAGCUGCCAAAGAGAUUGACGAUGAACUUCCAGAUGCCAAGAGCCGGUACUGGACGUGUAUUGUGGACAUUGCCAAUCUGGAUAGUGUUCGUUCUUGGAUCGAAGAGACUGUGGCUAAGUUUGGAAAGCUCGAUGGGGCUGCAAACGUUGCAGCGGUGGAACAACGUGAAAUCUUCCCGAUCACAGAUCUUGACCCAGAAUACUUUGCGAGACUAGUCAACGUAAACGUUGUCGGCACCUUUCAUUGUUUGAAAGAAGAGAUGAAGGCCAUCAAAGAUGGUGGCUCGAUCGUAAACGUCGGAAGCAUUGCGAGCCAGUACGCCACAUAUGGCACAUCAGCCUACGUCGCAGCUAAACAUGCACUUAUCGGCUUGACGAAAGUUGCUGCUUUUGAAGGAGCAUCAAGGCGAGUCAGAGUUAACGCGCUGUGCCCUGGAUGCUUCAACACACCAAUGAUGACGCAACCAUUCAACUCGCCGAAUGGCCAAUUCCAUCUUAAUAAAGAUAACAUUCCGUGUAUUCUGAAUCGUGAGCUCCCAGAAACAUGGGAGAUUGCUGGGUCCGUCGCUUUUCUACUUGGUGAUGAGGCUGCUCACGUUACGAAAGCGUCGUGGUUUGUUGACGGUGGCUGGGUGGAGGGAAACUACAGCUCUGGCUGA